UUCUUUAUUCUUUCUCAGUUUUUUCCCGCAAAUUUUCUUCAGCAGAAGAAAAAAUGGAACGUGAGGGUUUUCCAAAUUCAUCAUCUUCAACUACUCAGGAGAAUCACGAAAAAAGGAUCAUCGGAGAGUUCGUCUCCGUCACUAUCAACGACGGUAAACAAUACGAAGGCAUUAUCUGCCAUAUUAAUCUUCAAGAUUCGACGUUAGGUCUCCAAAACGUUGUUAGAUGCUAUGGAAGAGAGGAGAAGAAUGAUAAUGAGCAACGAGUAAUCCAUGUUCUUAAAGAAGCUUACAGUUACAUGCUUUUUAGCGGAAGUGACAUUAAGUUACUCGAAGUUCUCUCUCUGCCAGCACCACCAAAGCAUAAAUCUGUCAUAGGUCAUCUCGUUAGUAUAAUAACUACCGGGGACGUGAGGUGUGAGGGCCUAAUCACCCACGUCAACUUUCGUGAUUCUAUGAUAUUCAUGAAGAAUGGUAUGUGUUAUGGUACUGAGGGGAGGACGAAGAGAAGACGUUCAAUAGUAGCUUGCAAACAAUUGGCUGGUCCAAUCCACUUCAAAUUCAGAGACAUUAAAGAUCUCGAAAUCACCUUUCUUCCGCCACAUCUACAUGAAGAAACUGCUAGUGAGUCUGAUGACUUUCCUCCGUUAAGUAGAACACACCUUGCUCAUCGCCCAGGUGGCGUCUGAUAGUCUCAUGCCAGUAUCCCACAGCUCCUUGAUUUGUGUAGAAUAAAACAUAUGAAACUAAUUAUCAAUGGAUUUGUGCCUAUAUAUAGUUGAUUCGAAUUAUUUAACAAUUACAUAUUUGUCUUAACUCUCACGUCUGAUUUUAGCAAUUCGGUCUGUAGGAAUUUAAGCACCUCUUCUCAUAACAUAUUUAUUUUAUUUUAUUUCUUUGUUAAUGAAUAUUAUGAUUUUUUUUGUA